UUCUUUUCCUUUUGUUACCAUCAAGUCUUUUAAUUGUUGUGUUUUAAUUUCUCUUUAAUUUAAAUUGUCAAUAUUUAUAGAUCUUUAUCAAUUAAAAUAUGAUUUUUAAUCACUAUAGUUCACAUAAUCAACAUAAUUGUGUCAGCUUUUAUACUCGCCCAUUUCCACCAAUGGUGUUUGAGUUGAUUGUCAUUAAACCAAACAAGUGAAUCUCAAUUAUUUUCAUUAUUAACUUGAAUUUUUCUCUGGUUACAUUUAUUUUUAUUAAAUCUAUGAUUGCUCAAGAUUGUUUAUUUGGUGAAAUAGAAAAUCUAAACUAACAAGAUUUCAUGGGAGUCAAAGGACUUUGGACAUUGCUGGAACCUGCUGGUUAUCCAAUCAGUUUGGAAAGUCUUGAGGGUAAAAUAAUUGCCGUCGAUAUAAGUAUAUGGAUUAAUCAAUCGAUUAAAGGUAUUAGGGAUAAAAGAGGAAUUCUUGCUGAAAAUGCUCAUCUUUUGGGUUUAUUCAAUCGGAUCUGUAAAUUAUUAUUUCAUAAAAUCAAACCUGUCUUCGUAUUUGAUGGCGGGGCACCAGCUCUAAAGCGACAAACCAUUGAAGAGCGACGAUUAAGACGAGAAAAUAUCUUAUCCAAGACUAAGAGCAACGUAAACAAAGUCUUAAAGUCUUAUAUCUCAGAUAAAUCAAAGGAAAUUGAAUUUGAUGAAGAUGAUGAAAAUGGAUUUGAUGAUGUCGGUUUUGGAUUGAAAGAAUGGACAGCCAAGGAUGAUGGUGGUAUUUUCAUUCUUCCUGAAGAAUCGCCGAUCAAGGAUGAUAAAGAAAAGAAUGAGAAAUCAGCUGAAGAUGAUUGGCAAGACUUUGAGUUCUCUGCUCAUCCGAAAUUGCGACAUUUACAAGACACUUCGCUUAUCGAUACAGAGUCAGAUGAUUUUAAAAAUUUACCACCGGAGAUACGACAUGAACUACUUGCUGAUAUGAGAGAGAAAAAGAAAAGAUUGAAUAAAGUAGAUGAUAUUCCUAAAGCAACAGACGAUUUCUCUAGUUAUCAAAUGCAAAGGAUUCUCGUGAGAAGAAAAAUCCAGGAGAAGAUGGAAGAAGUUCAAAAUGAGAUGAUUACCAGUAUUUCCAACAACGCAGCUUCUAAUUUUAGUUCUAACACCGAUGGUGGAUAUCAAGGAAUCACUGCUUCGAGAGUGAUGUCUGAUGAUUCUACUCAUUUUGUUUACUUGAAUAAAAGACGAAUGGAUGUUAAAGACGAAUCGCCAAAAUUACUUAUGCCUAAAAGACGAAAAGAAGAGCCCCAAAGAGAUUUUCGCCCAGCAAAGGCUUAUCGAGAUCUUUUCUCUUCCAUUGAAGAAUUUGAUUUUGGAAUAAAAGAAGAAGUAGAAAAGGAAGGAUCAACUUCCCUUCGUGAAAAGUUGAGAAAAGAGAUGUCCGAUGGACCAACAAUCAAUAUCGAAUUCAAACCAAUUCGAUCAAAAUCAAAUAAAAGUCCAAUCAAAUCAAAAGAAUCCAACUUUUCUCCCAUCAAAUCUGUAGUCCAUUCUGAAAGUGACAGUCUCUCUGAAGAUGAUUUCGUUGAAGUUGAAGAGAUUCAAGUGAGUGAUGACAGUUCAACUGAUGAAGAGGAAUCUCCAUCUAAAGAUCAACCUUCACCAUCGAGUUCCAUCAGCCCGAAAAAAGUAACAGAACCAAGUUCAACUAUACCCAAUGAUCAAUCAAGUACACGAUUUUCUCCGACAAGAUUCAAUCUUCAAACAAACAAAUCUCAUCUGAUUAAUUUUGAUAAUCCCAUUGCGUCGACUUCUAAAGAAGCAGAUAGAAUUGAAUCACAAAUGGCAAAUCUAUCGACGAAAUCAAAGUCUCCUGAGAAAUCAUAUAGAUUUUCACCCUCUUCGAAAAAAUCUCCUAAACCCGUUGAAAGUGUCCUUUCUUAUUUUACAAAGUUAAAGAAGACAAACUCACCCCAAGAGGAAAAUAUUGAUUUAGGAGAUGAAAUUGAUUCAGAUGAUUCUGAUUUGGUCAUCGAAAAGGAGAUUGUAACACCAGUGAAAAAAACAAAACCAUCUGAAGAUGUUGAAGUUUUGGACGAACCUGAAACUCCAGUUAUAAAAAGUCAUCAUUUCGCUGAAAUCGAUACACCAACGUUGAGUAAAUCCCCGAUUAAAACAAUUCCUAGUCACGUAUCUCCGAUUCAAAGCUCAAAGAUUGAACCAAAUACCCCGACACCCAAACCAUCACCAAAACCAGUACCUCAAGCACCAACUACACCAACAACUCCUAAAACACCAAUUAUAACUAAAUCACCAGUGACACCUAAAACACCAACCACACCAAAGACUCCAAUGAUGAGAACACCAUCUAAACCUACAGUCUCGCCUUUGGUAACACCAAUCAAAGUACUCAAAUCGCUGGAUCGAACCGAUGAGAUAAAUGAACAGAUCAGGGAUUGUAAAAAGGCCGAAAGGCAGACAUCAACUGUCGCCCAAAAUAUGAUCGCCGAUUGCCGUGAAUUAUUAUCAAUGUUUGGUAUUCCCUAUGUAAUGUCACCAAUGGAAGCCGAAGCUCAAUGUGCAACACUUGAAAUUCAAGGUUUAACCCAUGGAACCAUAACUGAUGACAGUGAUGUUUGGCUUUUCGGUGGCAAAACGGUUUUUAAAAAUUUCUUCAAUCAAAGCAAAUAUGUAGAAAUGUAUAGAAUAAGUGACAUUGAAAAAAAGCUUAAAUUAGAUCGAGACACAAUGAUCUGUGUUGCGAUGUUAACAGGAUGUGAUUACACUGAUGGUGUCGAAGGUGUUGGAACUGUUAAAGCGACAGAAAUUUUGAGUGAAUUUCCUGGUAAAGGGAUUGAGCGUCUUCGAUCAUUCGCCGAUUGGUGGAGAAGCAAGAAAAAGGGAAACGACAAAUCGCCUGGAAAUAAAUUGCGAUCACAUCUUUUGAAACUUAAUCUAAGUGAUAAUUUUCCAAGUGAUUUAGUUUACAAGGCAUUUAUUUCACCGAUUGUCUUGGAUUCAGCAGAGAAAUUUUCAUGGGGAAUGCCGGAUCUCGAUCUACUUAGACGAUAUGCUGCUGAAAAGAUGCGAUGGUCUAAAGAGAAAAUCGAUUCGACCUUAAUUCCAAUAAUCAAAAAAUUAAACGAAAAACAAAAUCAACUACGAAUCGACCAAUUUAUCCAACUUCGUUCUAACAAUAAUAAAAUGGCCUAUGGGUCCAAACGAUUGGCUAAUGCAGUCAAUAAAAUGUCGGGUUUGAGUGAGCCAACAGUUGAAGCAGCACAAACCGAUCGACCAGGAAUGAGCAAAUUACGGGAGAAGGUUAAAAACCAAAGGAAAAAAGGUCGAUCAACAAUCAAUCAACAAUCACAACAACAACAACAAUCAAGACAAAUCAAUCAAAAAAAGAAAAGCAAACCUGAUAAUAAGAAUAAAAAUAAUGGUGCAAGUAAAAGUAAAAAACCUCGAACAAAAAUCACAACGGAAACACUUCAACUAUCUGAUUCCAGUUCAGAAGAGGAUUAAAUUACUCGUCCAAAUCAAUUAAAACUGCAACAAUUUACUAAUCAAAGCAUCUUGGAAAAUGUUAUUUUUUUUGUACAAAAACAAACUAAACCUUUUUAACCCAAUAUUGUAUUUAAAGUUGUAUAUUUAUCUAAUUUCAUCUGUGUUACGCUUUAAAUUUGUAAAUUAAUUAAAGCUCAAUCAAAUUGGAAAUUAAAAGUACAGUCGAAAUUCA